UGCUAAUAAUUAAAUGAGACUAUAACACAGUGGUAGAAUUUAACCAAGUACAUUUACCCAUGCACUGUUUUACUUUUAUGACGCUUAUAGAAAUAAAUAGUGAUCCCGCACUCUGUCACCACCAAGUUCAUUAGCAAUACAACAUUCAGGUCAGCGACCCUCGUCAGGUGUUAAAUUCACAAUAGGAAACAUCAUCUUCACACUAGAACCACUGCCAGCAAUCGAAAGGGCAUCCGAAUCAUAGACACCUGAGACAAUUACAAGAUAAUUCAUGCAUAAAAAUAUGUCAAUGGGAAAUAACACGUCCAAAUCUGUGUUACAAAAGUCAAAAGUUUAACUUUCAAAAAAUGCUUUAAACUUUUCCCAAUGAAAAACAAUUUCCUCCUGGAAACUGUUCAGUUUGUUAUUUAAGAUUUAUUUCACCAAUAAGUCGUCACAAUAAUAACAGACUGUCAGAAAAUGAAGAAUGACAGACAGGAAUGCAACCGAGAGGAAAAACAUGGUAUAUUUCUAUUCAAAUGUUUGAUUCAAUCCUAAAAUCUCAGAGUCGGCGAAUCUUCUUUCAUGUUUAACAGAUGCUGCUGAAGUCUCAGAGGAAAUGUUUCCCCUCUUCACAGGAGCAGAGUCCCAACAUGGAGCCGCAGCAGAGCCGAGAUCAAUUAUUCUGGAAGAUUAAAGACGAAGAAAUAGAGUUCACAGUGACGCUGGAGGCCGCUCCCUCCAACUGUGAAAAAACCUAAUAAUGAAACAGAGGGAACUGCCAACCGUCAAAUCCCUUCAUCUGCUGCACAUGUAAAUAAAGAGGAAGAAAAGAGCGGAAGCAGGACUCCUCCAGCUCACAAGGGCCGACCGGUGACAGCAGAGUGUCUGAUCAUUUACAACCUCACUCUGAUGUCAAGUUCUGUCAAAUGCGCUUGCUUUAAAAAGGAUGUUGACCUUGUAAGACACAGGAGUGAGAGUCACAGCGGAGAGAAACCAUUGAAGUGCAAUGAAUGAGGGAAGGAGUUCCUGUCCGAGUCUGUGUUAAUAAAAGAAUCCACACAGGAGAGAAACCGUAUUAUUGCAGCAUCUGCAGAAUUAGGUUCAGCAGCAGCAUGGCAGCGAGUCAAUGUCUGAGAUAUCACAGCGCUAAUACUGUGAACAGCUGAGGGAUUUAUGGGAAAUAAAAAUGAAGUCUACUGUCCUCAAGUCAACACAAUGGGAGAUCAUGUCUUCAGCUCUGAGUGGUCUUGAUACAUGGUGGAUAAAAUAUUUCCAGACAAUCUCAUUGCUGUGCGCAAGCCCAGAAACAAUGUACCACUACAGCUCUUCAGCCAUGUUGAUGCAGCUUUUCAUGGGCAGAAAAUAAAUCUAAUUUAACAUCACCAAAUUUGGAGAUUUGGUAUGAAAAUGUUUAAUAUAAAAAUGAGUAACUACAUUCGUCAACAAAUGUAGUGGAAUAAAUGUAAUGGAGUAUCAGUCGCUGCUGCAUAAAAUGGAAAUACUUCAGUACAGUACAAGUACCUUGAACUUGAUCUUAGGUACAGUAGGUUACUUGCCACCACUGAAGCUAAUGUAAUCUAAGUGAGUCCAGUUAAAUCCAGGAGGAGGCAGUAAUGCAACAUGAAGAAGGCCAACUGCUGUAAAACCUUCAAGAAGAAGAAAAAAAAGAAGAAGAGCAGCCACAGUGGGACUGCAGAGCCAGAGGACUAACAUUAGCACAAAUAUAUUUAGUUAGAUGAGGUGAUCAGCUGUAAAAUGCCCAACUCCUGCGCUGUGAAGACGUGCGGGAACAAAGCGAGGACCGGCGCUAGUUUGUCGUUUCACCGCCUCCCAGUGAGGGAACCUGCGCGGCUCAGGCUGUGGCUGUUCGCCUUGAACAUCGAUGUCAAUACUCCCCGGGAUGAGCUGAAGAAAUAUAUCGUGUGCUCGGAGCAUUUCGCUCCGGGGGACUACACCGCUAACGGACAGCCGAGGACCAGUGCGAUGCACCGUUUCCUGACGCCGACGGCUGUUCCGACUGUUGGCGUUUCUCCUGGACAGGAUCACAGUGUAGCGAAGGACUCAGAAAACAACACGACCAAGCAUGCAGUAAUGGCUUCUCAUUCCUCUGAAGACACCAAGCCGGUCUGUGAAGAACUGCCUCCCCCACUGCAGCAGUGUGACAUUAAGGUGGAGCAGGCCCCCGUCCUGGAGGAAACAGAGAUCCACAUACAGGUCAACGAAGUGCUGCGGCAGCACUGUGACAUUAAAGUAGAGCAGACACUCGUCCCGGAGGAAACACAGAUCAACCCACAGGUCAAAGAAGUGCUGCUGCAGCGGUGUGAUCUGAAGGUGGAGCAGGUUUCUGUUCUAGAGGAAACAGACAUCCACCCGCAAAUGAAAGAGGAGCUGGUAGAUCAAUGCAUCAGUCCAGACAUGGAGGCUUCAAACAAAGCUGAAGUUAAAUCAGAAGCAACCAUUAAAUGUGAGCUCUUCCCAUCUUCCAAUGCUUUAACUGUGAAUUUGAACAAUAGCAUAGACGACAAAUGGAAUGAAAGUGAUGGUUCUUUGUCGCCUCAUCAGAGUCAUGGCAUCGAAGUCUUCGUGGAACUGGAACAGCCUCCCAGGGAUGAAAAGUCUUGCUACCUUUGUGGUAAAUGUUUUAAGAAGGACUCUUAUCUGAUAAGGCACGUAGACAAGAGCCACAAAGGGCACAAAGCCUUUAAAUGCCUGGAAUGCAACAAGGAGUUUGACCAACGCUACCAGCUAGUUCUGCAUAUUAGAUGUCACACAGGGGAAAAACCCUUUACCUGUGAUUACUGUGGCAAAGCAUUUGUUCAGAACUCAAGUCGUCUUGCUCACAUGAGAGUGCAUACGGGGGAAAAACCAUAUUUUUGUGCCAAGUGUGGAAAAAGUUUUGCCACAAGCAAUCAUUUCAGAUUUUGCAAAAUGCAGACUGAGUGCAGAGUUGCCCCAGAGAAGGAGAGCACAGAUGAGGAUCACAGAGAGGACAAGGCCUUUAAAUGCUUUAAAUGCAACAAGGAGUUUCAUAAGAACCACCAGCUCGUUCGGCACAUGAGAAUUCACACGGGUGAAAAACCAUUCAGCUGUGAUUUCUGUAGCAAAACAUUCACUCAAAAUUCUAAUCGUACCGUUCACAUGAGACAGCAUACUGGAGAGAAACCGUACUUUUGUAAUAAAUGUGGCAAGAGGUUUGCAAGUAGCCAUCAUCUCAAAUUGUGCACAGGGACACAAGACAAAAGCUCAACUAAGCUAUUUCGCUGUACAACUUGUGGCAGGAACUUUCACACAGAUUCAAACCUGAAGGUGCACAUGGAGGUUCACAAGUCAUGGCAGCGGCAGAUCAGUGAGAAACUGCAAGGACAAGAGUUGGAAGAGAAAAAACUUAAAAUGGUGUGAGAGAACCUCAAGAGUUUAUAUAACACCAAGUACAUUUUUAAUAAUCAUGAUUUAAUUAAGCCGUGUAGUUAAUUUGUUUUUCUUUUACGGUCGAGAGGUGAAGAAACGUCUGCAUUUUCUUUAAAAUAUUUACUUAAAUAACAUGUACUGUGGGAGGUGGGGUCAUAUGACUGCUGGGCUGAAGAGCAGCAGGACAACAGGUGUGCUAACUGGGCAGGUCAUGUGCCUUGAGUGUUAUUUGCUCUGUGUCCUGAGCUCAUUCUGUUUGCCCUUCAGCUGAGCUGGUUCCCUCAGUUGAUCUUUGUUCCUGAGUGCGUUGAGUGAUUUUAUUUCAUUAUAUUUACUUGGUUUUUUUCUCACAUGAUCAUAUAUUUAGCGUGAGAAUGUAUUGAUGUACUGAUUUUGAUUUAGAAUUGUUUGUUGCUUUAUUCAAGAUAACAUGAUAGAAUUUGACCUGCACUUAUGCUUUCUUACAUUUGUAGAUAUAAAACAACUCACACCUGAUUGCAAGCAAAAGAUUAAAUACUUUUAAAUGGAA